ACGCAGGUUCCUCGAGCCUUCGUUUCUGUUCACGGUCUUCGGUUGCGCGGCGGCCGAAAAUUCCGCCGGAGCAAGGGAUUUGUCUCAGAGGCCAGGGUUCAUCAUAUUAAACACUGGGGAAAAUGCAUUCUUUGUCUGUGAUGGAAUUUUUGAAAUAAUUACAUAUUGGCACAUUUUAUCUGCUACUGGAUAUAAACAUCUUCUGAUCUGCUUCCAGUUUUGAAAGCAGCAUGGCAGGUUUUAAGCGUGGAUAUGAUGGAAAAAUUGCUGGGCUAUAUGAUUUGGAUAAAACACUGGGCAGGGGCCACUUUGCUGUUGUGAAACUUGCUCGCCAUGUUUUCACUGGAGAAAAAGUAGCAGUGAAAGUCAUUGAUAAAACAAAACUGGACACAGUAGCUACAGGGCAUUUGUUCCAGGAGGUGCGAUGUAUGAAACUUGUGCAACAUCCCAACAUUGUCCGUCUGUAUGAAGUGAUUGACACUCAAACAAAACUUUAUCUCAUUCUGGAAUUGGGAGAUGGAGGUGAUAUGUAUGAUUACAUCAUGAAACAUGAAGACGGUCUUAGUGAAGAUUUAGCAAAGAAGUACUUUGCACAGAUAGUGCAUGCAAUAUCAUAUUGCCAUAAGCUACAUGUUGUUCACAGAGACCUUAAGCCAGAAAAUGUGGUUUUCUUUGAACAACAAGGAAUUGUAAAACUUACAGAUUUUGGGUUUAGCAACAAGUUUCAACCUGGAAAGAAGUUAACAACAAGCUGUGGGUCACUUGCGUAUUCUGCCCCAGAGAUUCUUCUCGGCGAUGAGUACGAUGCUCCUGCAGUAGAUAUCUGGAGCCUGGGAGUUAUACUUUUCAUGUUGGUAUGUGGCCAACCUCCAUUUCAAGAGGCAAAUGACAGUGAGACACUUACCAUGAUUAUGGACUGCAAAUAUACAGUACCAUCCCAUAUAUCCAAAGAAUGCAAGGAUCUCAUUAAUCGAAUGCUGCAGAGGGAUCCUAAGAGAAGAGCUUCGUUGGAAGAGAUAGAGGACCACCCCUGGCUUCGAGGUAUUGAUCCCUCGCCUGCAACAAAGUGCAACAUCCCUCUUGUCUCUUACAAGAAUCUCUCUGAGGAGGAGCACAAUGGCAUUAUCCAACGCAUGGUGCUUGGUGAAAUAGCAGACCGAGAAACCAUUGUUGAGGCCUUGGAAAGUAACAAGUACAAUCACAUCACUGCCACUUAUUUUUUGCUGGCUGAGAGGAUCUUAAAGGAAAAACAAGAAAAAGAAGUCCGGAACCGAUCUCCUAGUCCAAGCCAUAUCAAAGCUCAGUUCAGGCAGUCCUGGCCUACAAAAAUUGAUGUGCCCAAGGAUAUUGAAGACAUCACAGCAUCACCCAUCAUCCAUCCUGUGUCUAUUCCUGUUGUCUGUUCACCAGCUCGCACUGCAGAAUCUAUUAUUAAUGGGCACCGAAUGAAACCUAAUGAGCCAGUAAAGAAAGAGGAGUCAUCAAUUGUUGGGUCAGCAGGAAAGACUGGCACAAGCAAUAGGACAUGUCUGUUCAGAGUAGAGGAGGAUGAGGAGGACGAUGAUGAUGACAAAAAAGCAGCUCCUCUUCCUACUCAAGUGGUUUUGCGACGUAAGCCUUCUAUAACAAACCGGCUUACAACCAGGAAGAGUGCUCCUGUGCUUAAUCAGAUCUUCGAGGAGGGAGAAUCUGAUGAUGAUUUCGACAUGGAUGAAAACCUACCUCCCAAACUCAGUCGGCUAAAGAUGAAUAUAGCUUCUCCAAGCACUGUACACAAACGGUAUCAUAAACGGAAAAAUCAAGGGCGAGGUUCAAGUUGCAGCAGCUCAGAAACUAGUGAUGAUGAUUCAGAGAGCCGCAGACUUCUAGACAAAGAUGGAGGAUUCACUUACUCCUGGCAUCGCCGUGAUAGCGGCGAAGGACCUCCAGGAAGUGGAGGGGAUGGAAGUGGACAGGGCAAACCAGGUGAUGGUAAUGCCAGUCUUGACAAGAGCAGCCCAAGUGAUGGUAACAAAGGUGGGGGCAGUCCUUCUAAUGACUCCAGUGGGAGCACCAACAACACAGGAACAACUCGCAGCUGUACAAGCCAAGGAUAUACAUCCCAGUCCAAAGCUGCAGAGGAUUUGAUGGAGAGUCUGAAGCUGAUGAGUCUCUGCCUGGGUUCACAAUGGCAUUGUGGAAAUGGUAGCAGGUACAUCAUUGAACCAACUUCAACGAUAUGCAUUCAUGAGAAAUCAACCUGGAAAAUGUGCAUCAGUUCCAGCAAUAUUAUGGAGCGAGCUUCCCCCUCCUGCAACAGGAAGUUCUAUUCUAACCAAAUGGCUGACCUGCUGAAUGAGCUGGAAAUGUCAAAAGAGAACAACAUGAACUUGAAAAACAAUGUUCUACAGCUACCUCUCUGUGAGAAAACUAUUUCUGUGAAUAUUCAGCGAAACCCUAAGGAUGGAUUGUUAUGUUCCUCCAGUCAGACCAGCUGCUGUCAAGUUAUUUAAAUAGUUUGAGUCUGUUCUAAUUGUUGUCCUUGCUUGUUAUGGUUUGUGACUGACUUAGCACAGUGAAAUAUCCUUUUUCAGUCUUGAGCUUUUAAAUGGGCUUUGAGAGUUAUUUAUUGCUGUUUUGAAUUUUUGUUCAAUAUCUUGACAAUGCAUGGUCUUUGUGCAUGCAGCUUGCUACUACUUUAAUUUCCCAACAAGAAAAACAUGAGCUGGGCAGAAUUUUAAUAUCUGUAUAAACUUAGGCGUUUACAAUCACCCCAUUUGUGUGUUUAAUGAAACUAAAUGCAAUUAAAGUAAAUGGAGCACUUUGUAGCUCCCAAUACAGCACUUAAGGGAGAAUCCAACAAAUCUUGUUAUUUAAACCAUCUGCUCAAAGAAUGCCGGUUAAGUGGCAUGCUCCAUCGCAUCUGACAGAAAAGAAUCAAAGCAAUAACUGAAAUGUUGCAGCUCCUGUAUAAGUAUUUUAAUAUUCCAAGGCUGAUGAUCAGCUCUCUACAGAACAGCCACACGAAGAGUCAUAACUUGUAUGCAGUGAGCUCACAUCAGUACAAGUUGUUCUGUGUUGACUCAAACUCAGGAUCAGGCAAGCAAGCAUGAAUUUUAAGGUGCUAUAAAUGGACAGAGUAAAUGGUGGUAGGUAAUUCUGCCACUGCUUAAGGCACAACGCUGCCCCUCUAAUGGAGAGAGCACUAUAUUCAGGUUAGCUUGUCUCUUAGUCUGUUUGUUUGCAUUUGCUUGUUCUGUCAGCUUGAUGGGGUAAUCUGUGAUGUGACUGGAAAUAUGAAACUAAGUUGUAUUGUUUUUUGCCGGCCAAUAAGAUGUAAUCAGUUGGAAAGACAAGUGUCAGUGUAAUUUUUUUUAAAAGAAAUGUGAAUUACUUGCUGCUUAUGUGUUGCAGUGUAAGGUCUGAAAUUCUGUCCACGUACUUUCUGUUGAAGGAAAUGAUCUCUAGGUGUCUACAGAUCAACAUUUCAAGGCCCCAGUUGAAAAUUUAUGGUGAUCCGUAGGAGGGUCAGUAGUGAUUGAAUCCAAAUAGGAAACUGUUUGUAACUAGAACAUUUUGCAAACAUUUCACACAAUGUUUUCUUUUCGGUUUAGUGUGGAGUUAAAAAAUUAGAAAGGGUUUAGUUUUUUUUAUCAAUCCUUCCCUGAAAUGUAGAUCUGUGGGCUUUGCAGGGAAAAACGAACUUCCAGUCAGUCGUCUAGUUAUGGAAGUAUAUUCCAAACCAAACACUGCCUUGGAAUUGGGGUGGGUUAGUCACUCUCACAUAUGUAUUGGCAUUCCAGUUUUUAAUAAUCUGAUUUUAAUUGUGGAAACAUUUAAAUAGUGAAGGAAUUCACAGCAGUUGUGUAGUUGCAGCUAAGUUAAUGUAUUAUUGUAAAUAGUUUGUACUUUAUGAUGUAUAACCUUGUGAUGGCACCUUUUAGAACUCUCCAACCCUGUGUAUUUGUACAAGAACUGUAAAUAUUUGUGUUUACAUGGUACUGAGGGUAAUAGCAGUGACUAUGUACAGCUGUCAGUUGGAUUAGAUUAAUGUGGUGGAAACACCCAAUGUUAAACAUGUAUGUAUUCUGGUUAGAGUUGUCCCAAUUGAUUGUGCAUGUGUUAUAUUUUGUGAUGCAUCGUUUGGUGCAAAGAACAGAAAGAGUAACCACUACUUAUGAAUGUUAUUGGACCAAAUAAUGUAACAGUCUAAAAACAUGGCAUCCCAAGCUCCAACCUGUUCUCAAAUUUAUAUAUUCACAUCUGAAUAAAAAAGUGUGGCUGA